AUGGUGAGUCUGGAGCGUACUACAAGUGGAAGCACUCUUCCUAUACUCCCCAGCCCUUACGACCUUGCUAAUCUAUAUAACCCACAGCACUUGGAACUCCGGCAGGUCAAACCAGUUGCUGUUUACAACACGACCUUGAAGCGCUCAAAGACAUUCCCACCAUUGGUUCGGUCUUCUGUUACGCAGAAACACAAGUGGACACAUGUCAAAUCUGGUCCUUGUUCUCAGCACUUAUCAGGCCCCAUACAGCAAUCUGAUCAAGAGUCUGAUGGUCGCUCUCAGUGUGCUUUCAAGACACAUCAGCUUCAGAUAUGGCAGAAUCGUGUCCAAGACCCAAAUGAACAUCGUGAUAUUGAGCAUUUCGAGGAAUACGACAAUCACAUGGAUACAGAUGAAAGCCAACACAAUAUUAUUCAGGACUCAUUUUUAGAUGAAUUGACAGCUGCCAAUCGUCAUACAGAUGAUCCUCAGUCUGUUGUGCUUUCUGCUCAAUCGUUGGCUACUCAGGUGUUUGCACAUGAUUUUGCAUCUAGCAUUGGACGGUCCUUGUCAACUCCACCGCAGUUAUAUUCACCUCCGUCGUCACCUCCGCGUGAAUCAUAUUUUGCUACGGUUCGAGAAACUACUACGUCCAGCAGUUCGUUAUCUCGAUUUCCCAUUGUACAUAUCCUCCCUUGCGCAUCCACUUCAUCUGCACUAUCAUCUUCUCCUGUUGCUGUUACAGGAAACUGCUUUUCAGAGCCAGCUUUUACCAAGACUAUUUUGCAUCCAGUGUCAAAUCUACUUGACUCUGUUCCGUCUGGCUUGAGACCUAGUCUUGUACAUGUUGACAGUUUUGACGAGGAGAAUGAAAUGGACGCUUCAGCUUUGUUUCCCGAACAAGAUCCAUCACAGCCAGUUCCAUUUUUACAGCAUGAGCCAGAGCAAUUGCCAUGUGUAGAUUCGGAGCACCAUGAAGCUAUAUCUCCACACCACCUUCGAUUGCCGGGUUGUAGGAAAUCCAUCAAAUUCGCAGAAAACAUUGAGCAUAUCUGUCAUUUUACAAAAACAGAUUCGCCCUGCAUUGUUUCGGACACUGAAACGCUAGAUAUCAAGGAUAAUGGCGAUUUGGAUUUAGGAUCGGUUUCUCUUGCUUUUGCACUAUCAGAUAAAUGGCGUAUUGCAUCAAAAAAUCUACCGACUCACUCUUACUUUGGAACCCAUUCAGUAGUGCUGGAUCAAAUUGAAAUAGAUGCAAAAAAUCAGUUGUGUAUUUCGAUUCUCACCCGAAACAUUGCUUAUGAAAAGCAUGUUUCUGUUCGAUUUACUAUCAACAACUGGGCUACAUUUCGCGAUAUUAAUGCUACUUUUCAAACUACUGUUACUCCCAACAUGGGAGACUACAAGGGUGUUGAUCGCUUUUUGGUCACUGUGGAUUUGGACAGUGAGUUUGGCCCUGGUGUUACUACUGGCUUUGUUGAGUUUGCAAUUCGACUUUGCGCCACGGAAAAAGUUUUCUGGGAUAACAAUGGUACAUGUAACUAUAAGCUUAAACUUGUGCUUCCUCUGCUAUUGGACACAAUCUACAAAUCAAAUCUUUAUGAGCCAAUCAAGUCUGGUUUUGAAUGGCCUGAUUCUUUUGGACGGGUUGCCAAUUGCCGCCGCCAUAGUUUUGAUCUGAAUACCUCAUCCUCUGCACAAGCAGCACGACAAACUGUUUCCAAUCUAUUGGCUUCCAAAAAGCAUUCUGCCAGUGCUGAUCACAUUGCCUCUAUGUCUGCUACGAGUGGAUUAUCCUCUUUGUAUAACAGCGCAACUAGUGUGUUGCAGGGUACUGAUCGUUUGCCGUCAACUACUUCUUUGCAUAAUACAGCCAGACCCUCUGCUUCGCGCAAUUUCAGUAGCAGUGUUGCACCUCUAUCGCCUCCAUCUGCAGCACCUGUUCCUUUACCCACCAAUGCAAGAUUGACAAAGCUUUCCAGACCAUUGACUCCGUUGUUUUUGCCAACCUCGGCAUCUCGAGUCUCUCCCUUUAUCCAAUCCACAUCACAGUUGCGUGGAAUAGAGUCACAAUCUAUAUCCCCUAUACCAUCGCGAUUGUCGCCUCCACAAUACCACCAGUCACAGACCUAUUCAAUGACAACUUCGAAUGCCGAGAUACCUUUUUCUAACAGACUACAUUCGUAUUCAUUUUCCGCUCAGACAUCAUCCUACCCAUACUCCAUUUCACCACCGCUUGGAUUGUCGUCUACUUUGGAAGCCAACGCUGGAUCUAGCGGUGAUCCAUCAAUGGGGUCUGCAUUCUCUACUACUUUACCGAUUCCAAUUAUACUACCUGCUCGUGGUCAAAGAGACAGUACACCGCUAUUUACCAUUGGUGGAGGGUUUCAAACAAGCAUGAAUGAUUUAUCUUCAAUGGCUUCCAAAAUGUCAUGUUCGCCGCCAUGUCGAGUGUAA